AUGUCUGGCUUGCCGGCACCAUUGAGUCUUCCAGAGCCAGAUCCCAUCCAAAUCCUACGAGACACAGUAACAGCCACAGAUACCAGUAUCCGUAGUAGCGAACAAGCCCAGGCCAACUUCAUCAUCUCACAUACUCCUGAGUUAGCUUCCGGAGUGACCGAGGCUGUUCAUAAGGAACUAACCCGGGCAAAUGGCGGCCACGGGCUCGAAAUUCGUAAGACGCAAGAAGGCUCUUACCUGCGCAUCAUUGCACCUUCAAAGAACAUCGCAGAAGUAAUUAGCGCAGCCCAGGACGUGGCAAGUGAAUUAAUCUCCGACGAAUCCACUCGAGGACCGGGCGUUUUUCAGGAGCCUCCGGCCAGAAUCAGCAGCGCUUCACAAGUCGUUCUAGAUAUCAAUAUCGAAUCGGGGGAAGUACGACCAAAGUUGCAGCCAGGGCAAGGAGCCGCUGAUGGCGUAGAAGUCGCUGGGAACUUUCAUGAAUAUGUGACGAAGCUGAACGAUCGUGUCUGCGCCGGAUUGAAGAAGGCCGGUCGACUCCCUUUAUCGCUGACAUUAAGGGUCCACUUCGGUUUUUGUAUGCUGCGAGCCUACCCUCAAGGCAAGAAAGUCUAUGGAUACCGCGACUUCUGUGCCAUGAUAAGAAAUCCCCGUGCUUCCGCAUGGUUGAAGACAACGAUCGGCGACGAAAUUCUUGCUAGAAGAUUAUUGGACUUUAUUAGAAACGACACGAACGGUCCAUUUCUUUCUACUGGAAGCGAGCUAGGCUCGCCGGCAGAUGUUUUGCCAGAAUACGCUUUCGAGGCGAGCUCGCAACAGACAAAGUUUGUCAUGGGCAUCAAGGUAAGAACUAGAGGAAAUACAAGAGGCAGAGCUUCCUGUCAGCUGCACCGCGCAACAGCGCGUGGGGCAGAUGCUAACUUUGCCGAGCUUGACAUUCCCAACCUAAGCCUUGGAAGAAACCUUGACUGGAAAUUUGAGGCUGUGAACGAGGAUAAGGGCGCAAAAUCAUUCCCGGAAGUUGACAAGUACCUACAAACAGCUAACAUCGAACUGGUGAACGUGGACCGACCCCAUGACCUUGACGUUUAUCCACGCGUUAAACUCGAGCCGAUCAACCCGGUAGCUGCAAAGAUCAAAGAUGUCGCAGUAAAGACCUUAUAUCGCUUUAGAUGGAAGCAGACGUCAUAUGUUGUCGAGGUGGCAGUUAAUCAUCGAUGGAGUAGCAUCUCUGCAAUGACAGCAGAAAAAUCGUCCACUAUCGACGUUGGAGUGAGCGUGUAUGGGCAGGAUUGGGAUUCCGAGGACGAGUCUGCAGGAAAUAUAUGGGGUGACGAGCUCCAAUAUCUACUUGAAGCCGGGAAUGGUCACACGGCGUCUAGAGGCAUCGAGAGGGUUGACAAUUUCAUACGGGUGAUAAGGGAUAUUCGCAAUACCCUCGACCCCAUCUUCAAGAGCUGGCCAGGCGAAAUUAAGACCACGAGGUGUUAG